UAUACUGUAAUGUCCACGCGCUCCUGCUUUGAUUUAUUUACAGAACCGAGCCGAGCGUUCACAGUUCAGAUAUUAAAGAUGGAGAAAAUGAACAAAGGUACAGUGGUCCUGGCGUACAGCGGAGGUCUCGACACGUCCUGCAUCCUGGUUUGGCUCAAGGAACAAGGCUAUGAUGUCAUCGCCUACCUGGCUAAUAUUGGACAGGAGGAAGACUUUGAAGCAGCCAGAAAGAAAGCAGAGACUCUUGGAGCGAAGAAGGUGUUCAUCGAGGACCUCCGUGCUGAAUUUGUAGAAGAGUUUAUCUGGACCUCGGUGCAGGCCAGCGCCAUCUAUGAGGACCGGUACCUACUGGGGACCUCCAUCGCCCGACCCUGCAUCGCCCGGCGCCAGGUGCAGAUCGCCCGCCAGGAGGGGGCGCAAUACGUCUCUCAUGGAGCCACUGGGAAGGGCAACGAUCAAGUUCGGUUUGAGUUGACGUGCUACGCGCUGUACCCUGAAGUCAAGAUCAUCGCCCCUUGGAGGAUCCCAGAAUUUUACAACCGUUUCCAGGGCCGGAAGGACCUCAUGGAGUACGCCAAGAAACAUGGCAUUUCUGUCCCGGUUACUCCGAAAGCCCCGUGGAGCAUGGACGCCAACCUCAUGCACAUCAGCUACGAGUCUGGAAUCCUGGAGAACCCCAAGAGUCAUGCUCCUUCUGACCUCUAUCUGAUGACCAAGAACCCCGAAGACUCGCCAGCUACACCAGACAAGCUGGAGAUAGAGUUUAGCAAAGGUGUACCGGUCAAGGUGAGCCACCUAAAAGAAGGAACGUCCAAAGACACGCCGCUUGAGAUCUUCACCUAUCUCAAUGAAGUAGGAGGAAAGCAUGGAGUCGGCCGAAUCGACAUCGUGGAAAACCGCUUUGUCGGAAUGAAGUCCAGAGGUAUUUACGAGACCCCUGGAGGAACCAUUCUGCAUCAUGCUCACCUGGACAUCGAGGCUUUCACCAUGGACAGGGAGGUCAGGCGCAUCAAGCAAGGGCUGGGCGUCAAGUUCUCUGAGCUUUUGUAUAAUGGAUUUUGGUACAGCCCGGAGUGUGAGUUUGUGCGGCAUUGCAUUGCCAAGUCUCAGGAAAACGUAGAGGGCAAAGUGCAGCUGUCUGUGUUCAAAGGCCAAGUCUACAUCCUGGGCCGGGAAUCACCUAAGUCUCUGUAUAACGAGGAGCUUGUCAGCAUGGAUGUUCAGGGAGACUACGAUCCUUCAGAUGCAUCCGGCUUCAUCAAGAUCAAUGCAGUGAGGCUUCGAGAAAAUCACAGGUUGCAGGGACAAAGCCAGUUGAAGCAGUGACACUUGGCCAUAUGAAUUAUGAAGUCAAUCUCCCCGGUUCAUCUUGCACUAUCUGGGAUAGGCUUUUUUUUUUAAAUGCUCAGUUUUUGCUCUUUCUAUGGUUUUCAGCUUUCUCUUUCUGCAUCGUGUAUCGUUGUAUUGUGUAAAGCGAUAUGAACCAGCACCCAAAAUACUUUCCAGGCAGGCCAACGUAUAUAUAUAUAUAUAUAUAUAUGUUAGGCCAUUUUACUUUAUAAAUUACAGACGUGGCCCAUUCGCACGGGAUUAAGGUCACAGACAACCCCUGCAAUUAUUACAAAUGACUAGAGGUCCCCAGACAACACUAAUCAGGUGCGAAUAGGGCUUUAGAUUACUUAAUAUUGUCAUUUUUUUACUGUGGCCAUCUGUGAACGUUUUUUAAAACCUCUGUAACCAUUUACACCAUUUUGUUUUUGUCUGUUUUUGACACAAGUGCAAAGUCUUUAUAAUCAUUAGUCCUCUAUUGUUAAUCGGAAAACGUAGUCUAGUCUAUGCUAAAGGUAUAACAAUGAAAUAAGACGUAAGGCUCAUAAAAGAGGAGAUACGGUUCACAUUUUAAGACAUUGUAUUGAUUUUUUUUUCAAAAUCAAUUAAUAAACACCACUUUUACAAUAUAGAGCACUUUGCUUAAACUAAGCUCUUCCUGAAAGCAACACGCCAACACUGUGCCAUCUGAAGUAAAUUUUAAUUAUGAGUUGUUUGUUAAGACCAAACCUUUGAACUUUUUGCCUAUAUAGAUUAUCAGCAUGUUUGGCAAAUUGAUAAGUUGAUAAUUGAUAAGUUAAAGAAUUUCCAAUUAGUACCUGGCUGCCUCUGCCACGAGUUCCUUGACGAAAGGCUUGAUGUUACUACCGGACUACUGAUCUGAAGAUUCCAGGUUCAAAACCCAACACAACCCCAGUUGCUCCUCCUGGGCCCUUGAUUAUGGAUCAUAACCCUCAAAUGCAGUAAAUGUAAAUGUUGAAUUAACACCCAGCAUUGGUUAUAUGAGUGCAGUUGGACUGAAAUAAACACUGA